AAGCCAAGUCAAUGUACCCACUGUGGGAAGAUAAUCUCAACUGCCUAUGGACUAAUGAUCCACGAGAAGGUUAUGCACUUCCGUAAACCAGAACACAAAUGUACUUUGUGUGACAAGGUCUUCGUGCUGGACAAGUAUUUGAAGAUGCACGUGAAAGCUGUACAUACAGAAAACUUGGGAAUUGUGUGUGAUCUAUGCGGAGAUGUUCUCAGAACAAAGAAAGGAUUAAGGCUUCACAUGCUGGUUCAUGAGGAGGAUAAUAAAGUUCAUCAGUGCGGUCAAUGUGAUAAAUCCUUCAGACACAAACAUGUCCUUAGGAAGCAUGUUUUGAAAAUGCAUGUUUGGACAGCGAGUGAUAAAACUCAAUGUGAGAUUUGCAACAGAUUCUUUAAGCACACUGAGGGACUAAACCGACACAUGAAGACCGUGCACACCACCACCUUCCCUUACCAUUGCAAACACUGCCCGGAGAAAUACGCGUUCAACUACGACUUAAACAAGCACAUGAAGAAAGUGCACCCGGAUAAUUUGAGCAAGACCCCGGCUAAAGUGUCAGCUAAGGGAAUGCGCAUGCCUAUUCCUCCUGGUAUGAGGGUGCCAGGGUUAAAAAAUCCAGUUACCCGACCCAGCUCUAAUCCUUUGUUUACUAUUAAUACAGAUGCAGGGGUUGUCCAUCUCUACACAGAAGAUAUGGAUGUUAAACCUAAUAUUAACGAAAUCAUUAUAUAAAUACAAACGUCAACGUUAUUAUUGAAUAUUAAGGUCUAUUUCAGUCAACAUAAAUUGAGAGUCCUUGAUCAAACUGGGUCCUCAAUGCGACCUUGAACUUAAGCUUAAUUUAAUUAAAGCUCAGGAGUCUACUAAAAGAAUGAAAACCAAAUCUACAAAUGUACCUUAAUUAUUAUAAUCCUGUUAAUUUAAGAGUGUUUAUGAACCAGUUUAAUCUUAGAUUAAUUUGUUAUUUUGGUUUAAAUGUUACAGGGAUGUAUAUUUUUCUGUUUGCCCCCCCCCCCCCCGGGGGGGAGCAAAAAUAUAAGCUUUUACUUGGUUUGGAGGGUAAAAUAAAGAAAGAAGGAAAAAGGGAAGAGAAAAGGGCACCGAAACGCUCCAUUAUACAAAUAAAAUACAAAAAUUUUGUUUGCAAGGUGGGCUCUUCUUCGAAGUUUGCACGGGCUUUAGAAACCUGUAAAAUUACUUGUUUUUUAAGUUGUGGAUUUGGGGAAAAAAUAUGAUUCUGAAUAAGAGGGGGGGGGGAGCUUUACAACUAAUAUACACCCCUGACAUAUUUUCUGAUCAUAAUUACAUUUCAUUUAUUGUUCUUUGAAAAUAAUUGAUAAAACUAAAUCCAAACCAAAUGUAAUUUUCUUUAUUUUUUGUUUAUUAUGACUAAUUUACUUUAAAAUGCUGUGAAUUGAAAAAUGUUUUCGAUAUGAUGGCAUAUCCCUAGAUCUAUCUCGUAUAUCCUGUGAUUUCCAUAAAGUGUAAAUAAUUGUAACAUUUAGAAGAAUUAUAAAAGAGAGUGGAAAUCUAAAGUGAUUAUUGUUCGUAAAAAUUGCCAACACUAAUUCACAACCGUUUCCUUGUAACAAUUGUAAUUGAAAUUUUAACCUCAUCAGAUCACAGCGUUUCUUGUGACUGAAUAUAUAUGGUUAUUUAAUUGCGAUCUGAGUUGUAAAUUGUUUGACACUUUAAGAAUGAAUGUUUAUACAAACAGUUGUUAGUGCAGGUGUGAAUUAUUGUUGAUUGUUCAGAUCUAGAAUGGGUGUAGAGGAAGGAAUCAGUUUGUCAAGCGGAGAUGAAUCAGAACUGGACAGAUCUCAGGAUUUGGAGCUACCUGAGAAGAAAAGGAAACCGGGAAUAAUUUAUCUAUCAUCAGUCCCAGAGGGAAUGAAUGUGAGUGGCACAACAGCUUUCUUUGCUGAAUUUGGUCGGGUUGGUAGAGUGUUCUUACAGCCAGACAUCAAGACAGGGAUGAGACAUUUUACUGAGGGUUGGAUCGAGUUUCUAAGCAAAAAAAUUGCUAAACGUGUAGCAGAGCAGAUAAACAAUACUCCAGUUGGUGGAAAGAGGAAGAGUAAAGCACACGGCACUCUCUGGAACAUUAAAUAUCUUCCCAGGUUUAAGUGGGUUCAUCUGAGUGAAAGAUUAGCGUAUGAAAAGGCCGUUAAACAGCAAAGGAUGAGAACAGAAAUUUCUCAGGUUAAACGUGAAGCAGAGCAGUUCAAAGGGAGUGUACGGCAGAAGAAGAGAAAACGUGAGGUAUCUCCGAGCACUGAAGAUCAUCAGUUCAUCUUCGACCAGGAACCUACUUCAGAGCAGAUCAAGAAGAGAAAGAUAGACGACCAGGACGCCAAGGUGAAGACUAAGAAGACAAAGAAAGAGAAGAAGAAGAAGGAGAAAGAGGAGAGUCCGGUCGCUGUAGAGAAAGCGAAGAAAGGAGGGAAGAAGAAGAAAAAGAAAAGUUCAGAAAAGAAGAAUGAUGAUGAAGGCAGUAGUCCUAAACAGCUGAAGGAAGGUGCUCGUCGUAAAAGUGUCGAAACAGUUGGGAAAGGGAAGAAAAUGGAGAAUCCUGGGAAAGCGAAGAAGGCGGAUGAGGGAACACGGCGGAAAAGCGGAGAGGGAGACAGAGCAGCAUUUCUGAAAAGUGUGUUUGGUGGGGGCACUUAGACCCCCCACCCCC